ACAAAAAAGAGAAAAACCAAAAAAGGGAGCUGACGGGCAGCGGACGCAGAAAGCGGGAUUUUCGUUUUUUAUUGUUUAUUUAACGGACUUGUACUUCUUGGUGUCCUCUCUCAGAUAUUAUUGACCGCAGUGCUCCUCUAUAGGACGUGUGGCACCUUGCGCACUCCAGUUCGAUUCCGGAGUGACUUUUAAUUGAUUGCUUUAUAUAUACAUAUACAUAUGCACCUGCGCGCACACUGCUCUGAUGCGCCACAACUUCACAACAACCGGGAGUUUUUCGCGCGUCAUUAACUUAGCAGGCUGUGAUUGGAAAUCGGUACUGGAGCUGUCCCGGCCGGGACAAAUCAAAAUUGCCCAUAAUUCUGGAUGUCCCGGGUAAUACGGGACGGUUGGCAAACCUAGCUCGCAGGCAGCAGAGGAGAAGGUGCAGCAGGUGUCAGUGUGACAGUGAAGUCCAGGAGGGGCAGAGUGAGCAGGAGAGUGUCAUUGAAACGGACUACCAACAUAGAGUGGUGUUUGUGACAGAGAGGGAGCGGUUUGAGGUCCCAGUCCGUGCCAUUGGGCCACGUGCCAUUCUUGAUUUCCGCGACAAACUCCUCUUCCCCGUCUGUCCUGUGAAAUCCUCCACAGAGAAGACUCAGCAUGUCCGCAACAUAGGAAAUGGCAAGGCCAAGUUCAAGCUGGACACGCAGAGCCCGUUCUCUGUGACGCCAUCCAGUGGGACUGUUGACGUCGGCGGGAGCGUCCAGGUGACUGUGGAUUUCCACCCUAUGACAGUAGGGGUCCACAGCCAGCCGCUGGUCCUGCACUACCACACCGGUGAAGAUGUGCACAUCAGCUUGCAAGGUGUUAGUGAAGAACUGGACAUCCACCUUGAGGCAGACUCUGUCCUUUUGACAAAGACCUACAUGUCCUUGGCCAGCCAUCGCACAGUGUCCCUCACCUACAGGAGUGAGAUCCCUCUGAAGUACUUCUGGACCACGUGGCCCAGCCUGCAAGAGGAGGCCCUGAGCUUAUUGAGCGAGAGCUCGGGCCUGGCACAGGAGGAGUUUGAGAGGAAGCGGCUGCUCGCUCAAUGCAAAGCACAUCCCACAGUGAUACAUCGCCUUCCGCUGCUGUCCAGAGCCCUGCAGGAGCGCAGAAGCCAGACAGUGAGGGACCACCGGCUGGUCCUCUCACACAGCUGUAUUACCAUGGAACCAGCGGAGGGUGAGAUAUGGCCCAGGACUCCAGCCCAGUUUCACAUUGUCUUCAAGCCUGAGGAGGCCAAACUGUACCAACAAACCAUAUAUUGUGAUAUCACAGGCCGUGAAGCUCGGUUGACUCUCACAAUAAUGGCCGAGGGCAUUGGACCCAAUGUCCAGUUCAACUACGACCUGAUCAUUUGA